UACAUUUUGCAGCGGAGUGAUUGACAUUGCGUAAUAAGGCAUGUAAACAACAUGGAGGAAGAAGUACCCAGUGGAAGCGACAAUAUUGUUGCAGAGUUUGCUUCAUAUGAGGAGUUUCUUGACUCUCAUAUCAAACCGAUUGAUUUGUUUUAUUUAGAGGAUCAAGAACUAGCCAGACAAGUGAUUGAGCUUGGAUAUAAAGGAAGUGGUGGAGAAGUGUUAAGAAGAGAAGAAUUUGAAGCCAGAAAGCAAGCAGCUGAAGCGAGUAGACUGUCAAAGAGAAGUCAACAAAAGACUUUGGCAAGUUCUGGAAAAGAUAUUAAAGAUCCAUUUCUCAAAGCACUUGCUGAAAAAGAAGAAGCAAACAGAAGUGGAAAAAUGACAAGCGUUAUAUUCAUCAGAGACUUCAAUGCAAGGGGACAAGAAAUCUCUGGAUACAUAGAUUAUGCUCAUAGAUUAAAGACAGAGGACUUUGAGCCAUAUUUUGCAGAGAAAAAGAAGCUUUUACCCAGACCGUCAGAUUUAAGUUUCUAUAAUUGGGAAACCCAGACUUCCACUUCAAAUCCUUCUCCAAAUUACCUGGUGAUGGCACAGAAUGCCACAGGUCUCAUCUUCAAAAACAAAAGGGAUAGAAAACAACUGAUUGUUGAUCCAAAGGCCCCAAACCCUGGAGAUAAUUCUUACCGCUAUGUGAUAGAGACUCCUAAGUAUGUACAAGUUGUUAUAUAUGAUCACAUCACCAGAAGAAAAACAUAAAUAAACUCUCCUGUGAUAUUGCUGUAUUUUGAUGUAUCAUGUUAUUCCGUUUUGUUAUACACAUUUUGUAUGUAUAUAUGAUUCAAUACAAUAAAAAUAAACCACAAUUAUUUUA